CAACCACCUCCCGUUCGACCUCAGUGCCUACGUCCUCCGUCCUCCCAGACACCAGCGCAACACCUGCCGCCGACGGCACUGGUCCCCUUGAGACGCGCGGACUUGGACAGGAGACACCACCAGGAGUUGGAUCAGGCGCUCACUGUGGCCGAACAGGCCCAAGAGGAAGUACAGACUUUAAAGAGUGAAGUGGCCGCGACGGUCCAUAUGGCACUCUGCGAAAGGAAGAGGCUUCAGGACGAGUUAAAGAGGGAGAGGAAGGAGAAGAAGGAAUUAAAGGCGCGAGAGAAAAGGCAGAAGGAGGAGCGGGAGCGGGAUCAGCAAGAACGGUGGAAGCUCAUGCUUGAGGAAGUGAAUCGGGAGCGGAAAGCUGCACUCGAGGAAUGGGAGACGAAGUGGACAGCCAAGCUUGAGGAGCAAGAAAAGAAAUGGAAGGCUACCAUUGAGGAAAUGAAGCAGGAGCAAGAAAAGAAAUGGAAGGCUACCAUUGAGGAAAUGAAGCAGGAGCAAGAAAAGAAAUGGAAGGCUACCAUUGAGGAAACGAAGAAGGAGCAGGAGCUGGAAAAUGAGCGGUGGAGAGAGGAAGAAAAGAAAUGGAAGGCCACCAUUCAAGCUACUGUCCAACAUCUUGUCAACAAGGACGUCGAAGCCCUCGACAAGAUCCGCCUCCGGAAUCUUCUCAACCGAGCGCAGGAGAAAAUUCUCGUAGACUGCGGCCUCGUCCACGAAAGCGCCUCUCCCGAAACAUUUCGCUCGCAAUGGCAAGCUAUUUUCCAGGGUGUUCGUUCGAACCGCGCCCAACACCUGCGGGCCUACUUCAAAUCAACCAACGCGCCAAAAUCCGUCCUCGCGCUGUUGGCGUCCGAUGAAACCUUGGCACUUCUCGCGGAGGAGGAUAGGAUGGAAGGAAAUUUGGCCGCUCAUCCAGCCAUAACGGCUCGACGUCCUUAUGAGGAGGUGAUUGGAAGGGCCUUGGCCGAAGCCAGGGAUGCUUUCACGCAGUUACUGGAUUAUAUCAUCUGA